AUGGGCGCAGUUCAGCAAUGCCAGAUGGCCCAUCAUCUGCCAAUUGUCCACGUCAGUGGCUGGGCAGCCUCAAGCACCUUUGUCCCCGGAACGCACGAAGUCAGACCUGGCCUGGCGGACUAUCCAUACCACACCGUGCCCACAGCCGUCCAAAGACACGUCAAAGCCCAGCAACUACACGAUCGCAAAGAAUGGGCUGCCCACCCGUCCGAGCCCGACAUCCGCCCAUCUGUGGACUACCUCAAGCCGAUCGUGGCCGAUGGAGACAACGGACACGGGGGCCUAUCGACGGUCAUGAAGCUAGCCAAGGCGUUCGGGGAAGCUGGCGUAGCCGGGGUGCAUUUCGAAGACCAGCUGGUGGGGGGCAAGAAAUGUGGCCACCAAGCGGGCAAAGUGUUGGCGCCGACAUGCGAGCAUCUUAGUCGGCUGCGAGCGGCACGGAUGCAAUGGUUCAUCAUGGGCCUCGAGACCCUCGUGAUCGGCCGGACCGAUGCCGAAAGCGCCAAACUCAUCGAUGCAGCUCCGACCAUGACCCCCGCGACCAUCGCUUCAUCUUGGGCAUCCAAACCACCCCGCCUCAUCAGCAAAAGACUGCCUUGGCCGAGGGAAUCAUCCGGGCUGAGGAGCGCGGCGCCUCGGGUGAUGAAAUCAAUGAGAUCGAGAAGCGGUGAACCGCAAGUCGAAGCCGAAGAACUGUCGCAUCGAGAGGCAUCGAUCCUUGCGCGAAAGAUGAUCCAAGAUGGCACGAAUGGGAAGGAGACCCCGGAGCAGAUCGGAUGGAACGCGCAGCUACCAGGGAGGGGUAUUACAGCCCAAUCGAUCGCAACCCAAAUACACCGCCAGUUUCCCGCCCAGAGUCUGGUCUACAACCUCUGGCCGUCAUUCACUUGGUCUCACCACGGCUAUUCGCCCGAAGAUCUGACAGCAUCUGUCCGGGAGCUCUCGCGCUUCGGGUCCAAUCUGCAGCUGAUAUCGCUCGCGGGUCUGCAUUCGACGGCGACGAUGACCGCUCAAUUGGCGAAACGGGUCAAAGAAGACGGGAUGCUCGGAUACGUCGAGUCUAUUCAGGCCGUCGAGAAGGACAUUGGCUGCGACGUGCUCAAGCAUCAGAAAUGGAGCGGCUCUGAAAUUAAUUCAGAGUCGGAAUACAUCGACCGGAUCCUAAGCGCCGUCUCCGCGGGCUCUUCAGCGAAAAAAACAUUCUAA